UUUCGUAUUCAACAAAACAGGAAAGCUACGGUAUUCAAAGUUUGUAACAAAGAUUUAAUUUAGAUUUCAUGUGUUACUAUUUUAAACUUAAAAAUGUCGGGCUGUGAUAAUAGAAAGGGCGAAAAUUCAAAGGAUAACAUCUCCACUAUUUCUGCUGAUGAAGGACUACCUCGCGAAUUGAGUCAAAUAAGUUUGUCGAGCGAAUCCAAUUCCGAAGAAUGCCAUUGUGAUGAGAAACAUUCUGAAUCUACUUUGAAAAACAUUUAUGGAUAUUAUCAAUCACAGAAGCUCUGCGAUGUAGUUCUUAUUGCUGGAGAAUGCAGGAUCCCAGCACACAAAGUUGUAUUAGCCUCAUGCAGCGAGUAUUUCGCAGCAAUGUUCACUGGUUCACUCAGAGAAGCCUGGUCAACGGAGAUUACAUUAGAGAGAAUUGAUCCACAAGCACUUAGGUCGCUUAUCAAUUAUUGUUACACAGGCAGUAUAGAACUCAACAGUGAGACAGCAGAAAUUCUCAUGACAACAGCUAAUUUGCUGCAACUAAAUUCAGUAACAAAGGCUUGCUGUGACUUCUUUGAGAAGCAGUUGGAUCCAUGCAAUUGUUUGGGAAUCGCUGUGUUUGCUGAACAGCAAUCAUGUUUAUCUCUCCAUGCAAAGGCUCUUGAGUACAGUUAUCAACAUUAUAUGCAGGUUGUCAAACAUCAAGAGUUCCUUGCUUUAGAGUCUGAUCAGUUAGCAAGCUUAUUAAAAUCUGAUGAGCUUAAUGUGCAAUCCGAGGAGAAUGUUUUUGAAAGCUUGAUGACUUGGGUACAACAUGACAAUUUGAAUAGGGAGAAGCAUUUACCCACACUGCUCAAAUUAGUUAAACUACCAUUACUGUCUUCUGAGUACUUAAUAGACAAAGUGGAAUCAGCCUGCGGCAAUGUAGCUGAGUGUCAGCCACUAAUAAUGGAAGCCGUGAAGUGGCAUCUCCUACCAGAGAGACGGUCCCUAUUGUUCUCCAACAGAACAAGACCUAGGACAUCAACAAUCGGUAGACUCCUCGCUAUUGGAGGAAUGGAUGGCUACAAGGGUGCUAGUAAUAUGGAGAUGUACGAUCCAAGAACGAAUACAUGGACCCCCUUUAUGCGAAUGGGUGCUAGAAGACUGCAAUUUGGUGUUGCUGUAAUGCAAAAUAAAUUGAUUGUAGUUGGAGGGAGAGAUGGUCUGAAAACAUUGAACACUGUGGAAUGCUUCGACCUAACGUCACUUAGCUGGAGUACACUAGCGCCGAUGAACACGCACCGACACGGCUUGGGCGUGGCCGUGUUGGGGGAGGGGCCUAACGCGCCGAUAUACGCGGUGGGCGGACACGACGGAUGGAUAUACUUGAACUCUGUUGAACGAUGGGACGCGUGUUCUCGCACGUGGAGUAUCGUGUCGCCGAUGGCGGGCGCGCGCAGCACGUGCGGUGUGGCGGCGCUGCGCGGCAAGCUGUACGCGGUGGGCGGGCGCGACGGCGGCUCCUGUCUGCGCUCCGUCGAGUGCUACGACCCCGCCACCAACCACUGGACCAACUGCGCGCCCAUGCUGCGGCGCCGCGGCGGUGUCAGCGUGGUUGCUGCGGGCGGGUACCUAUACGCGGUGGGCGGUCACGAAGCGCCGGCGAACAGCGCGGGCGGGCGACUCGCGUGCGUAGAGCGCUACGACCCGCGCACCGACUCGUGGCUGCUCCUGGCGAGUUUGUCCUGCCCGCGCGACGCCGUCGGCUCCUGUCUGCUGGGAGACCGUAUUAUUGCCGUCGGCGGCUACGACGGAGUGCAAUACCUGUGCGUGGUCGAGAUGUUCGAUGAGGAGGGAAAUAGCUGGCGCAAGCUCGCCCCCCUGAGCACGGGCCGCGCUGGCGCCGCCGUCGUCGCGGUGCCGCCCCCGCAGCUGUUCUGAUACACGCAUCACGCUCUCACUGUCCUGCUCGUGUGCGCCGCGUCCGAGCGAGACAAGUAGUGUCACGUGACCCCCACGUGAUCGUCGUUGACAUUUUCAUUGACGACUUGCGAGUGGUGCAAAAGUUGUGCACAUCAAAAGUGAAAGAGAAAUAUGUUUUCUUCAUCGCCUUUUUUUAAAUUUGCCCCGGACUCCAGUGUCAAAAUUGGUAAGUGAGUUGGAGUCUAAAAUUUCGAUGUUAAAAUCACGACUUUAUUACAUUAUGAGUUAAUUAUGUUAUAUCAUCGUCUAUGGUUAUAUGUUAGGAGGUAACAGAUUAAUGUAAUAACUAAUAUGUGUGUUGUCUUGUUACAACUCGUUAUUCCUGAGGCUACU